AGCGGCGCGUGCGCAGUGAAUACGCAGCCUGUACGCAGAGGCGCGCUUUAGGGCGGAAGCGGGAGUCCGCGGCUGCACGUGGGCUUUAGGGCGGUAGAAGGGGUGAUGCAGGCUGACGCCAAGAUCCGCACCGAGUCCGGGACAGAGUCCGGGCCACGGGGCCCGAACUGUAGCCUCCGGCACUUUGCUUGUGAACAGAACUUACUGUCUCGGCCUGAUGGCUCUGCCUCUUUCCUGCAAGGGGAUACAUCAGUCCUGGUAGGCGUGUACGGGCCAGCUGAGGUGAAGGUCAGCAAAGAGAUCUUCAACAAGGCCACCUUGGAGGUGAUCCUGAGGCCAAAGAUCGGGCUGCCUGGCGUCGUGGAGAAGAGCCGGGAGCGGCUGAUCAGGAACACGUGUGAAGCCGUGGUCUUGGGAACACUUCACCCCCGCACCUCCAUCACUGUGGUGCUGCAGGUUGUCAGCGAUGCUGGUUCUCUCCUGGCCUGUUGCCUGAACGCCACCUGCAUGGCAUUGGUGGACGCAGGGGUGCCCAUGCGGGCCCUCUUCUGUGGCAUCACCUGCGCUCUGAAUGCGGACGGGACCCUUGUGCUGGAUCCCACGGCCAAACAAGAGAAGGAGGCCCGGGCUGUCCUGACCUUGGUGCUCGACAGCGUAGAACGGAAGCUGCUGAUGUCCACCACCAAGGGGCUCUACUCCGAUGCUGAGCUCCAGCAGUGCCUGGCUGCUGCCCAGGCUGCCUCGCAACACGUCUUCCGCUUCUACCGGGAAUCGCUGCAGAGGCGUUACUCCAAGAGCUGAGACAAGCCAGGGCAGGGCGCCCUUCCUGCCACCGCCGCCGCCACCCACUACCUCCGUGGAAAAUAAACCAGCAGCCGGCCUCGCCUCUCA